CCCAUGGCCAGACACCACCCCGCAAUAAUGUUGCUGCUCCUCCUCGCAGACAACGGGUCCUUCAAUUGCCUCUGCUGCUCCCCUUCUCCUCCCCUUCGCUGCUCUUCUUUUCCCCCGCCUGCUUCCUACGCCCAACUGCUGUAUCUCACCAGCCAGUCCCAGUGUGCUCACACCGAUCAACUGCCACUGAUCCCCACUUCGCCCCACUCCCAUCUCCCCAGCCUUUUGCCUUCACGACCAUGGCUGUGAAUGGCAGCUCUGGAAAUUCCGUGACGGAUCCCGCACCAGGCCAGAUUCCCAACGACGGCACAGGAAUUGUUGAGCUCGACAGCUACCUCUCGCCCUUCAAAGACGCCCUCCGCAGUCGUUACGCAAAAACAAGACAGUGGUUGAAGACAAUCGACGAGACCGAGGGCGGCAUUGAAAACUUCACCAGGGGUUACGAGCUGUUCGGCUUUCAUGUCCAAGACAACGGCGACGUCAAGUACAGAGAGUGGGCCCCCAAUGCCCUGCGAGCCUACCUGAUCGGAGACUUCAACAACUGGGAUCGCGAUGCUACCCCUAUGAACAAGAAUGAAUUUGGUGUGUUUGAAGUGAUAGUUCCGGGAAACAAUGGCAAACCAUCCAUUCCCCAUGACUCCAAGAUCAAGAUCUCACUCGUCGUGCCAAAUGACCACGCUCGACAGGAGCGCAUCCCCGCUUGGAUCAAGCGGGUGACCCAAGACCUCAACGUUUCCCCUGUAUACGAUGCUCGUUUCUGGAAUCCCCCCAAAGAAGCGACUUAUGUUUUCAAGAACAAGCGCCCACCGAAACCCCGAAGCGCCAGAAUCUACGAAGCCCACGUUGGCAUCUCUUCGCCGGAGCAAAAGGUGGCUACCUACAAGGAAUUCACACACAAUAUUCUUCCGAGAAUCAAGGACUUGGGAUACAACGUCAUCCAGCUGAUGGCCAUCAUGGAGCAUGCUUACUAUGCGAGCUUUGGCUACCAAAUCAACAGCUUCUUCGCUGCGAGCAGUCGCUACGGACCACCAGAUGACCUCAAGGAACUCAUUGAUACCGCUCACGGCAUGGGAAUCACGGUGUUGCUCGAUGUUGUGCACAGCCACGCCUCUAAGAAUGUACUGGAUGGGUUGAACAUGUUCGACAACAGUGACCACCUCUACUUCCACGAAGGUGCCAAGGGUCGCCAUGAGCUUUGGGACAGUCGCCUCUUCAACUAUGGCAGCCACGAAGUACUUCGUUUCCUUAUGAGCAACUUGCGCUUUUGGAUGGAGGAAUAUCAGUUUGACGGUUUCCGUUUCGACGGUGUAACCAGUAUGCUAUACACUCACCACGGCAUUGGAACGGGCUUUUCUGGUGGUUAUCAUGAGUACUUCGGUCCAGGUGUUGAUGAAGAAGGUGUAGUCUAUCUCAUGCUGGCCAACGAGAUGCUCCACAAACUAUACCCCGAUUGCAUAACCAUCGCAGAAGAUGUCUCGGGUAUGCCUGGUCUUUGCGUACCACUGUCGCUUGGUGGAAUAGGAUUCGACUAUCGACUUGCCAUGGCUGUUCCAGACUUGUACAUCAAAUGGUUGAAAGAGAAGCAAGACAUUGAUUGGGAUAUGGGCAAUCUUGUCUUUACUUUGACAAAUCGCCGACAUGGCGAGAAGACAAUCGCCUAUGCCGAGAGCCAUGAUCAAGCUCUUGUUGGCGACAAGACAUUGCUGUUCUGGUUGUGCGAUGCCGAAAUGUAUACUAACAUGUCCACAUUAUCGGAAGAGACAUCUGUCAUUGCGAGGGGGCUGUCCCUCCACAAGUUGAUACGGUUGAUCACGCAUGGCCUCGGGGGUGAAGGUUACCUCAAUUUCGAAGGUAACGAAUUCGGCCAUCCGGAGUGGCUUGAUUUCCCCCGCGAAGGAAAUGGCAAUAGCUUUCAAUACGCUCGGCGACAGUUCAACCUAGUCGAUGAUAAGUUGCUACGCUAUCACUUCCUAAAUGACUUCGAUAGCAAGAUGCAGUGGACUGAAGAAAAGUACGGGUGGCUCAACUCCUCGCAAGCAUACGUCAGCUUGAAGAAUGAGAACGAUAAAGUCAUUGUGUUUGAGCGAGCUGGUCUCCUCUGGAUCUUCAACUUCCACCCCUCGAACAGCUUCACCGACUACCGCGUCGGUGUAGAGCAGGAGGGCACAUAUCGUAUCGUUUUGAACACAGACAGCAAAGAUUUUGGAGGUCACGGUAACGUCGACGAGAGCACAAGGUUUUUCACAACUCCAUUUGCGUGGAACGACCGCAAGAACUUCUUACAGGUCUAUAUCCCGUCGCGCAGCGCUAUCGUAAGGCUCCUCUCUCCAAACCCUACUAGAUUUUUGCUGAUUUCUCUUUUCAGGUGCUUGCUCUGGAGAGCACCCUUUGAUGAGGAUCAAAGGAGUGAUUGAUGUGGAAAUGUUCGGUAUAAUGCCGCAAUAGCUACUUUGAUGCGUAUUCGCCAAUGCGUUUGUAUUGUAACGACCUCGAUGGUGCACGAGCUUGCGCUCUGCCCGCUGUAGAAUGGAACUUUCCUGAACGGCCGAAACGCGCCCCGAAAUUUGAAUAUAGAUUUUCCCCAGUUUGUUAUAGUAUCUAAUCACAGCCUUUCUACGGUCUGUUAUGUCAGGCUGUAUGUGUGUGAUUUGCCAAUUGAUAAGCACGUAUCGACUUGGAAAAUGACUGCAUACAAGAUAAUCAGUGUUGCAAGUAACGCUAUGGCUCCGUCAUGCUGUUCAUCUACCAUA